AUGAGUACCAAUCAAUUCAGUUCAAAUCAAACUACCCCGCGGAUCAGCAUGGACGUCCGCGACCACAACACGGCCGUUAAUGAGCCUCAUGCGCCCAUCGGCGUUCUGGAUAAAGAAUUGGAGCCUUCUGCAGCUCCCCAUGAAGAAUCCGAUAUCGAAAGCGCCCAUACACACACAAUACCUGAGAAGCCCAAAGAAAAAGACCCAAAUCUAGUUGAAUGGGAUGGGCCCGACGAUCCAGAAAACCCCCAGAAUUUCUCAAAAUCACGCAAAUGGCUUAUUACAGUAUCUAUGUCUUCAAUGACUAUGUGGAUUACAUUUGCUACCAGUGUCUUCUCAACUGCCACCACCGUCACUGCUAAGGAAUUUAAUGUAUCAACCGAGGUUAUGGUCCUGGGCACUAGUCUAUCCUUAUUUGGAUUUGCUCUUGGUCCUCUCUGCUGGGCUCCAAUGAGCGAACUAUACGGUCGUCGCUUCCCAUUAUUUAUCGGUUAUGCCAUCUUCGCCAUAUUUCAAAUUCCCGUCGCAGUCGCCCACAAUAUUCAGCAAAUUAUGAUCUUCCGUUUCCUCAUCGGUGUCUUCGGCUGCUCACCACUCGCCGUCGUUGGCGGUGCCAUGGCUGAUAUCUGGGAUCCAGUAGACCGCGCCGUAGCCAUCGCCAUGUUCAGCUGUGCUACUUUCCUCGGUCCAAUCCUCGGUCCUAUCCUCGGUGGCUUCAUUACCGAUUCCUAUCUAGGAUGGCGAUGGACUGCAUGGAUCACUCUUAUCGCCUCUUCAUUCUUCGGCCUGGUAGCUUUCUUCAUCGUUCCGGAGACCUACGGCCCAAAACUACUCCAGGACCGAGCCGCUCGUUUACGUCAGGAGACGAAGAACUGGGCCCUCCAUUCCUUCCUCGAUGAACACAAGCCUACUUGGUCUGAUAUCGUCGCCAAGUACCUUCUCCGUCCUAUUCAGAUGCUAGUCCUCGAGCCCAUCCUGAUCUGCAUCACGAUCUACCUCGCCCUCGUCUACGGUAUCCUCUACCUCUUCUUCGAAGCCUAUCCCAUUUCCUUCAGCGUAGUCCGCGGCUGGAAGCAGGAAGGUGUCGCCGCCCUCCCCUUCAUCGGCAUCUUAAUCGGUGUUCUUCUGGGUGCUGCCCUAAUCAUCUACACAACCAAAACUCGCUUUGCCCGCAAACUAGCUAAGCAUGGCCGCGUCGUCCCCGAGGAACGUCUCAUUCCAAUGAUGAUCGCUUCCGUCCUCUUGCCCAUCGGUCUCUUCUGGUUCGGUUGGACCUCUGAUCCCUCCAUCUCCUGGGUACCGCAGGUGAUUGCUGGAGUGCCAAUCGGGUUGGGCAUCUUGGUUAUCUUCAUGCAGGGUUUGAACUAUAUCAUCGAUGUCUAUAUGAUGUUCGCCAAUUCAGCUAUUGCUGCUAACACACUUGUGCGAUCGCUGGUUGGUGGUGGAUUCCCGCUUUUUGCAACCACCAUGUAUGAGCGUCUAGGUGUGGAUUGGGCCUCCAGUGUCCUCGGCUUCAUUACCAUUGCGAUGAUCCCCAUCCCCAUCUUGUUCUUCUUCUACGGAGCCAAGAUUCGGGCAAUGAGCCGGUUCAGUCCGAAGUUUUAG